AUGGUUAAAUGCUAUGACCAUGCUCCAAUUCUAGCUAUUUUCCAAGAUACCUGGUCACACCAGCCCAACCACCACCUGGUCACACCAGCCCAACCACCACCUGGUCCCACCAGCCCAACCACCACCUGGUCCCACCAGCCCAACCACCACCUGGUCACACCAGCCCAACCACCACCUGGUCACACCAGCCCAACCACCACCUGGUCACACCAGCCCAACCACCACCUGGUCACACCAGCCCAACCACCACCUGGUCCCACCAGCCCAACCACCACCUGGUCCCACCAGCCCAACCACCACCUGGUCCCACCAGCCCAACCACCACCUGGUCACACCAGCCCAACCACCACCUGGUCACACCAGCCCAACCACCACCUGGUCACACCAGCCCAACCACCACCUGGUCACACCAGCCCAACCACCACCUGGUCCCACCAGCCCAACCACCACCUGGUCCCACCAGCCCAACCACCACCUGGUCACACCAGCCCAACCACCACCUGGUCACACCAGCCCAACCACCACCUGGUCACACCAGCCCAACCACCACCUGGUCCCACCAGCCCAACCACCACCUGGUCCCACCAGCCCAACCACCACCUGGUCCCACCAGCCCAACCACCACCUGGUCACACCAGCCCAACCACCACCUGGUCCCACCAGCCCAACCACCACCUGGUCCCACCAGCCCAACCACCACCUGGUCCCACCAGCCAAUCAUCAGAGUACACUGUAUAG